AUGCAAACAGACCAAAAAGCUCCAGUCCUGACAUUCAUGGGGCUGCUGUGCUCUUUCCAGAGCUGUUUCAUCUGCUGCAAGAUGGGGGCCACCAUCACCUGCUGCCAGACGGCCUGCGACCGCACCUUCCACCUGCCCUGUGCCCCAGACGGACAAUGUGUCACCCAGUACUUCGGGGCCUACAGGUCCUUCUGCUGGGAGCACCGCCCACAGCAGGCACUGCGGCCACGUCCAAGCCAGGACAACACCUGCACCAUCUGCCUGGACACGGUGGAAGACAACAUCUCCUACAUAACCAUGGCAUGUCCCGCGUGCCAAGACGCCCGCUUCCACCGGCACUGCAUCCAGAGACUGGCUCUGCACGCUGGCAUUGACUUCCGAUGCCCGCGUUGCCUCAAACAAGAGCCGUUCAUGACGGAAAUGCUCACCAUGGGGAUCCGACUCUCUAAGAGACCCCCAUCAUGGCAGAGUGACCCAGACGUCGGACCCUCAGAUCAGAGGCACGGCCGCUGCGAUGCCACAACGUGCCUUUGUCCAGGAGGCAGGGAGCACUCGCAGGCACACGGACCCUGGCAACUGCGGCUCUGCAGCUCCUGCGCUGCUGAGGGCAUCCACCGACUCUGCUCCUCUUUGGGGAACAGCACCUGCUCCUGGGAGUGCAGCACCUGUGCUGCCACCGACACUGGUAGGCAACAAAGCUUUCAGCACUAUGCAAUCCACACAGGGACCACAAUGGGCCUGGCACCAGGGCCCUCGGCACAGCUUGGCUCCUGGAAAGGGCGGGAUACCACAGCGGCCUCUCCUGCCUGCAGCCUGGGGACUGUCCUGACAACCUUCCUUCUGCCUGCCCCUCUUUGCAGGUUCCACUGGCAAAUCAGACCUUGUGGGCCCCAAAACCUCAAGCACAGAACUGCUGACUCUGUCCCAGGACACGGUGCUCCUCAAGAGCAGCUGCUCCAUCAGCCCUCAGCAGGCCUUCAAGCAGCACUGCGGCCACGUCCAAGCCAGGACAACACCUGCACCAUCUGCCUGGACACGGUGGAAGACAACAUCUCCUACAUAACCAUGGCGUGUCCCGCGUGCCAAGAUGCCCGCUUCCACCGGCACUGCAUCCAGAGACUGGCUCUGCACGCUGGCAUUGACUUCCGAUGCCCGCGUUGCCUCAAACAAGAGCCGUUCAUGACGGAAAUGCUCACCAUGGGGAUCCGACUCUCUAAGAGACCCCCAUCAUGGCAGAGUGACCCAGACGUCGGACCCUCAGAUCAGAGGCACGGCCGCUGCGAUGCCACAAGGUGCCUUUGUCCAGGAGGCAGGGAGCACUCGCAGGCACACGGGCUUGGAAGACAACAGUCAGGAGGAGAAAUGCCAGCAGGGCAGCGCAAGAGACGCUCCGGCCGCUUGCCAACAAACUCUCCUAGAUCCAAGAGGGCACGGCCAGAAACUGUCCCCAAGGAAAAAGACCCCCAUCAUGGCAGAGUGACCCAGAGGUCGGACCCUCAGAUCAGAGGCACGGCCGCUGCGAUGCCACAAGGUGCCUUUGUCCAGGAGGCAGGGAGCACUCACAGGCACACGGGUGCACCCACCAUCACCCAACCUUGUCCUCUCCUCCAAGCCCUCUACCCACUGCUUGAUUUGUACCUCGACCCUGCCUACACUUUCCCCUUUAUAAACCCCCUGCCAUCCCGCUUCGGCCCACCAGCUCACCCCUGA